GGCGGGGUGCGGGGCGCAGUCUCGCGAGAGCUGCCGGCCCGCCGGCGCCCCCCGGCCCGUCCCUCACGUUGACAUGGUCGCCGGCGAUGGACCCUCCCAGGACAGGAAACCCUUACCAGCCCGCCAUUGAAGCUUUGGAAAGCCACCCCGAAAAAAAGUUUUACAAUGUGUCCAAGCUCGGAGGCGCCAAGUAUGACACUCUGCCUUACUCCAUCCGAGUGCUGUUCGAGUCCAGCGUCCGCAACUGCGAUGGCUUCCUGGUGAAAGAAGCGGAUGCUAUGAACAUCUUGGACUGGAAAACAAAACAGAGCCAUGUCGAAGUGCCCUUCUGUCCUGCCAGAGUUGUUCUUCAGGACUUCACUGGAAUUCCAGCAAUGGUGGAUUUUGCUGCCAUGAGGGAAGCUGUUAGAAAUGCUGGAGGAGAUCCGGUGAAAGUCAAUCCUGCCUGCCCAACUGAUCUCACUGUCGACCAUUCUCUGCAGAUUGAUUUCAGCAAAUGUGCAAUCCAGAACGCUCCAAACCCUGGCGGGGGCGAGCAGAAGCCGCUGGCCCGGCUGUCGCCGCUGAAGCCGCCGCUGCGGAAGCCGCCGCCGUGCCGGGGCCAGAGCGGGGGCCAGAGCGGCUGCCGGGGCUCGUGCGGCGCGGGCGAGGCCGGCCGCAGCUCCGGAGCCUUCUCCGCGCAGAUCGAGAACACGCCCAUCCUCUGCCCCUUCCACCUGCGGCCCGUGCCUGAGCCUGAAACAGUAUUGAAAAAUCAAGAAAUGGAAUUUGGCAGAAAUAGAGAGAGGCUUCAAUUUUUUAAGUGGAGUUCGAAAGUUUUUGAAAAUAUUUCUAUAAUUCCACCUGAGACUGGAAUGGCACACCAGGUGAACUUGGAGUAUUUGUCCCGCGUGGUUUUUGACGUGAAGGAUUUGCUGCACCCCGAUAGCGUGGUUGGCACAGACUCACACACGACCAUGGUAAAUGGCUUGGGGAUCUUGGGCUGGGGCGUCGGGGGCAUCGAGGCGGAGGCGGUGAUGCUGGGGAUGCCGCUCAGCCUGCCCCUGCCCCAUGUGGUGGGCUGUGAGCUCACAGGCACUGCCAACCCCCUGGCCACCUCCAUCGACAUCGUCCUCAGCGUCACCAAGCACCUUAGACAAGCUGAUGUCGCUGGAAAAUUUGUUGAGUUUUUUGGGAGUGGUGUUUCCCAACUGUCCGUAGCAGAUCGAACCACAAUAGCAAAUAUGUGUCCUGAAUAUGGUGCUAUUCUGAGUUUUUUCCCUGUUGAUAAUGUGACACUGAAGCACUUAAAGCAUGCAGGUUUUGAUAAGGCCAAGCUUGAAGUCACGGAAGCAUAUCUUAAAACUGUGAAGUUAUUUAGAAGUGAUGAGAGUUCUUCCAGAGAGCCUGAGUAUUCCCAGGUGGUGCAAGUUAGUCUAGAUUCUAUAAUUCCAUAUGUCAGUGGCCCCAAGAGAUCUCAAGAUAGAGUGGCUGUUAAUAACAUGAAAAGUGACUUCCAAGCCUGCUUAAAUGAAAAGUCUGGUGUCAAAGGGUUUCAGGUUGCAGCUGAGAAGCAGAAUGACACUGUGCCUGUUCAGUAUGAAGGAAAUGAAUACAAGCUGUCCCACGGCUGCGUUGUCAUUGCUGCAGUCAUCAGUUGUACAAACAAUUGCAAUCCAUCUGUCAUGCUUGCUGCAGGACUACUGGCCAAGAAAGCUGUGGAGGCUGGCCUGGCAGUGAAACCCUACAUCAGAACAAGUCUGUCCCCUGGCAGUGGCAUGGUCACACAUUACCUCAGCUCUAGUGGAGUGCUGCCAUACCUCAGCAAGCUCGGGUUUGAGGUUGUCGGUUAUGGGUGUUCUACCUGUGUUGGGAACACAGCCCCUUUGCCAGAAGCCAUCAGGAAUGCAAUAAAACAGGGUGAGAUCAUUGCCUGUGGAGUGCUGUCUGGCACAAAGAACUUUGAGGGCCGCCUGUGUGACUGUGUCCGUGCCAACUACCUGGCAUCACCCCCGCUGGUCGUGGCCUACGCCAUCGCGGGCACCGUGCGCAUCGACUUCGACAGUGAGCCCCUGGGCACUGGCUUUAACGGCAAAAGCAUUUACUUACGAGACAUUUGGCCCACCCGACAAGAGCUGCACACAGUGGAGGAAGAGUGUGUGAUAUCAUCCAUGUUUAGGGAAUUGAAAGAAAAGAUGGAGAAAGGAAACAAACGAUGGAAUUUACUGGAAGCACCAGAGUCAACUUUAUUUCCCUGGGAUUUGAAAUCUACUUAUAUUAGAUGUCCUUCCUUUUUUGAUAAACUUGCCAAAGAAGCAGCUGCCCCUGCCGCGGUGGAGAACGCGCACGUGCUGCUGUUCCUGGGGGACUCUGUCACCACAGAUCACAUCUCCCCUGCUGGCAGCAUCGCCAGGAGCAGCGCUGCUGCCAAGUACCUGAGCAGCAAAGGACUCACGCCUCGUGAAUUCAAUUCUUAUGGGGCUCGAAGAGGUAAUGAUGCUGUGAUGACAAGAGGCACCUUUGCAAAUAUCAAGCUUCUGAAUAAGUUCAUAGGAAAACCAGCUCCUAAAACAGUUCACUUCCCAUCAGGACAAACGCUAGAUGUGUUUGAAGCAGCGGAGCUGUACCAGAAGGAAGGCAUUCCUGUCAUUAUUCUAGCAGGAAAGAAGUACGGACUGGGUAGCUCAAGAGACUGGGCUGCAAAAGGACCUUUUUUACUGGGUGUUAAAGCUGUGCUGGCUGAGAGCUAUGAGAAGGUUCACAGGAGUCAGCUGAUUGGAAUUGGCAUUGCUCCUCUUCAGUUUCGUCCUGGGGAAAAUCCAACUACUUUGGGACUCACUGGCAGAGAGCAAUUUUCUAUAAUGUUCCCUCCAGACUUGUCGCCCAGAAUGACUUUGGAUGUUAAGACAAGCACUGGAAAAGUAUUCAGCGUGAUUGCCUUGUUUGAGAACAGUAUGGAGAUAACUUUAUAUAAGAAUGGUGGAAGUCUGAACUUUGUGGCUCGAAGAUUCUUAUAGUAGCUACUGACUCUGGGUACCCUGCAUAACUGGUAACUCAGCCAUGCCUUGUGUGAACCCAGGAAUCUGUACUGUGGAACUGCAAACAGUCCUAGUGUGCUCGAAGUUACUUCGUCCAUGGAUGUAAAAGAUUGUGAAUCAUUGUAACUGCAAAGAAAUCCUUUCUGAUUUUAAAUAAUAUUCUAAUGGUGCUAUUAAACAUUGCUAAAAUCAACAUGUGUAUUGUGACAAGAGAGCUGUAAGUAUGGAGGGGAUGUUUUAUCAGACCAUUUUGUAAAUAAACUAUGUGAAAUUGAAACUGAUUGUGCUGAAGAUUAUUAUGUAAGAAGAUUUUCUGCAGUUGUUUCCACUCAGUUUUUGCACCUGUAAAUCUGUGUACUGCUGUUUGUUGGUUUAAGAGUAGCAGAUGGCAUGGAAUCUUAAAGGCCAAACAGAUUUAAUUAUUUUUCUCAUCCGGAGCUUAAAAAAGAUACUGAGUUUUCAAUUUCUUUAGCAGUCCACAUGAGGCCCAUGGCAUUCGAUACCACAGAUGAUGACUUCCUUACCUUUGUGGGAUUAUAUUUCAUCUGGAUCCAGAUUUAAACCGCUUAAGCUAUGAAAUAUGUGAAAUACUGUGUGCUUAGAAAUAUGGGAAACAUUUCUGCAUUAAAAGCAAACCUCCCAGUUGUUCCAUUCAUGCAAGCUGAGCCCUAUUUCUUCAUGCCCUUCGAUUUAAGUUUGUCACAUCAGCUUCAAGUGAUGCACUUUUGUGACAUCUGUUUUUGUUGUGCUCUCUGCAAUAUCAUCAGACAAAGUGUCUCCUUGUACUGUUUUCACCUUUAAAAACCUUUUAGAGCAUUUGCUAGAGCUGUCUAAAUUCCUCUGCUUUCACUCCAGCCUCUGUCUAACAUGUUGUUACACUGGUCAGGUGUCCAGGCCAGGUGGCCUCACUGCCUUUGAGUGCUUUCCACGUGCUGGCAGCUCCCAGCUCUCACAGAGCUCCCCUCUGAGGAGGAGCCCUGAGCAAUCCCUGAUGGUGCUGCCCUGGCUGUGCCUGGCACUGUCAGCACUCAGGGCACAGCCCCUGCUCCACAGCUCACAGUGCCAGGAGCUGCAGAGCUGCUGCAGCAGGGCUUGUGUUCCAUUUCCCAGAGUUUGGGUGGUGGCUGCAGCUCCAGCUCCAGGCUCCAGCAGGCUCUUCCUGUGCUCCUGGGUCUUGAAGGGCUUCAUAACUCCACUGACAGCUUGUGCAGAGAUUAAUUUCUGCUGGAGAACAAAACUGCAAUAUUUGCCUAUAAAUUGUCAUUUUGCUUUAAGGUUUUUUUGUGGUUGAUAAAUAUUGUCUUAAAUAUCAAAUAUUAGCUUUAUUUACAUGUGCUUUUAAUUUAUAACCAGACACUGAGAUAGUUGACUUGUGAACUAACAGAUGCAUUGUUCAAAUCUUUAAAUAGUAUGUUUGACAUUCCUUUAAAAAAGUCCCAAAACCAAAACACCCCACACCUCUUGAAUAAUUGUAUCAAUACAAUGCAUUAGUGUCUUGACAGUUCAAAGGCCAGACUAAUUUGAUUGACAUAAAUUUUGAUACAUAUUUUUCUGUUAGGCAGAGCUCACUAAAGUUUGAAGUUCUGUAUAGUCUGUUUUUUUUAUUUCACUGGUUUGAUGUGAUUUUCUUUUAGGUGAGAUGAAAACCAUUCCAGUGACUCCUACACUGCUGAGGGGGAUAAAUCAAUGCGGUUUUGAGUGUUGUAUCCAACUGAAUGCUGAACGAGUUCCUCUUCUCUGGUACACUUCCAUUAUUUCUACCCACAAUGACUGGCACAUCCCACUUCUUGUACAGUGUCUAAUACUGUUUUAUCCCAGCUCAAAAUAUAUUCUUGAUUUAGUUCAAGCAAAUGUUAUUGGGGAGAAAAUGGGAAUUCAGUGCUGGUACAUAAUGAUGCCUCAUGCAGAUGCCACAGCUGCAACUUCAUGGCUAACUACUAAUGCUGGGAGGAAACACAGCCCCUGCCCUUUCCAUGCCGCAGGAGACAGGGAUCCUGUCGGGGCAGGCUGAUGAGGUGAAGUUUCAAGGCAUGUGACUUACCUGCCAGUUGUCACCAGUAAAGCAAGUCAGCUCUUCCUAGAGCCACAGGGGGCUGCAUUAGCUGAGCAGCUGCUUUGGUUUUGCUGCACUGCUGUGUCCUGCAGUCCACAGACAGGACUGAGCUGUGCUUGGGCACAGGCUGCUCAGCUGGAGGCUCCUGCUGUUACUGCAGCAGGUCCAGCUGUGCAGGCUGACUCCUGCCCCAGAACUGUGCCCUGCAGGGUGGGGCAGCACAGCCCGGGUCCAUCUGCUCAUGCUGGGGAUCCCCUGGCUGCUGCGCCAUGGCUCAACCCUGCUCCCUCCCCUGGGCAAAGGCACUGAAGGCAUCGAGCUGUGCACACACUGCUGGGGCCCUGAGAGCCUUGGGUGGGCAGGAGUGGCAGGGCACAGGGGAGCCAGGGACUGCUGUGCUCACACACCAAACCUUCACUGAGACCUCUCUUCAGCACCCUAAAGCCUAGGAGGACAUGUUCCUGUUUGAGAAGUGACUCGGUGUGUUAGAUGUAUUUAACCUAGACCUCGCUCCAUUUGGACUGGGGGGAGAAUCUUGUUGAAAUUUUUGUAAAUGUUUUCUCUUUUUGCUUCCCUCUUCCUCCCCUUCCCAAACGACAAAGCUUUGGGAUAGUGUUGAUGUUUAUAUAUUUUACAUCUAAGUAUACGGACAAGAAGCUAUAUAUAUUAAUCCUAUUUAAGCAACUACAUAUCAUUGUCUGCUGUUUAAAGCCAACAGAACAGUGUAAGUUUUAAGUUCAGUAAGUAUUGUAUAGAUAUAUCUUAAGUUCAAUUGAUGAAAAUUGUGCAUACAAUGUUACCAAUGCUGUAAAUUAUUUUUAAUAAAGAAAAUAUCACAGUU